AUGUCUCAAACUCCAAAAGUCUUGAAGAAAGAUGCUUCCCUUAAGGAACUGUCCAAAGGGCUAAGGUCAAGCCCCGAAAACGAGAAUGCCGAACAGCCAAGUUUCACAAUACCACAAUUCAUCAACAUUACAAAUUCUACGGCUCUGGGUGAGUCUGCUCGGACUCAAGUUCGGGCACAAGUCAUGAGAGACUAUCACCGGAGACGAGUUCAAAGAGCAACCCAGAGCGAGAACCCAAUUCAAGACCCUCCACCGAGGCCACCGAGUGCGAAAGCCCAAACGAAUAAAUUCAGAUUUGGAAGAGAAAAAGGUCUUCGACCGUGGGUGCCUGUCAAAGGACCUCCAGGAAAACGAAAACAUGCAGGAAGCGGUCGAGGGAAGGCAUUGAAUCCAUACAGGUCUCAUGAAGUUCCAAGCGCUUCCUCGGUUAAUGGGGGUCAACUUUCCCUGGACUCCACUGUACCUGAUCCAGAGUUUGCAUCCAUGUCCUUCAGUGAAACUGGACCCCCUACAGCUUCUGCUGACAAGUGGCUGUCAAGUCUCGAUUUCGCAAUACAAACGUCGAUUCUUUAUCACUCACCUGGGACUGGACUCCUGGACCCGUUUGCUGCAACUUCACUACUUAUCACCCCAAGAACACAAGUCCUCAUUCAUCACUACUUCAGCGAUCGCCUCCAAUCAGCUUGGCUCAUGAUGCCUAUGAGGAAGAUGCUCUUCUCUCUUGCUAUUAACGAUGCAGCAAUGUUUCACUCGUUCCUAUGCCAUUACGCCGGAAGUUACAAUGUGCAUUUUCGGACCGGAAACAGGGAUGAGGCUCUGUAUCAUGCCAGCGAAGCGGCAAAGAUUGUUAACGAAAGGCUUGCGGACCCGAAUCAGGCUUUGACCAAUGAGACAGUUGCUACAGUCGCCAAUAUGGCGGCAUUCGAGUCCUCGAAUGGAUCCGUCGAUAGCAUGUUGGUUCAUGUGGAUGGCUUGGAGAGGAUGGUUCAAAUGCGGGGCGGUAUUCAAUCUGGUGGAUUUCCUAUGAUAGUCCAACGGAUGAUUGCAUGGACGGAUUACCACGCAGCAACCGCAAUGCUCAAGAGACCUCGCUUCCCCCCUCUCAAUAUCCCAGAAACAGAGAAGCCCGAAGAAUUUUUCUAUCCAUCCAUAUCCAACCCCAGUGACCCGUCGAGGUUUCGCCAGGGUGAUUCAACAGAGAGAGGCAUGCAGGACCAUAGUCUUCAGCGAUUACUAGCCGGCGUGCGAGACUUAUCGAAGAUACUCAAAGGGCUUCGAAAACUUACCAAUCUACCAGAAGACAACAUCUGGUACAGCGAUAAGAUUUAUUACCUCCAGCGUAACAUUAUUGAGGUCGUGUAUUGCCCGAACACUCCCAGGCCUGUGGAUCGUUUAUGUGCGAUGGCUGCGCUCAUGUACUGCGGGCAUUGUCUCCGCGACGUGCCAUUUACUUUCCAGGUCAUUGCCAGAUCGGUCACUCGAUUGAAAGCCGCAAUUGUCGAGUAUGAAGAAAACCUUUCUUCUGACGCCGAUGGAGAGGCGAAAAGGGUGAUGUUCUGGAUUCUAGGUUUCGGCGGUGUGGCCGCGGAGGGUAAACUUGAGCGAGAUUGGUUUGUGGCCAAAUUCAGGGCACUUUGUGAUGAAUUGAAUAUCAAUGACUGGGAGGCGGCCAACGGAGUUCUGAAGGACGUUCUGUGGCAGGCUGAAUUGGACGAUGCUGCAACUAAACUAUGGCUGGAGGCUACCCUGGGCGAUUUCUCAAACUUACCACUCGACUCCUAG